AUGAAGGAUAUUUUCGAGAAGUUUCCGCACGAAAUUAUUGCAAAAGUGUUUUCACUUUUAAACGGGAUUGAUCUUUAUUCAAUUUCUUUGGUAAAUAAGAAUUUACUAACUCACACGAAAGACGGCCUCGUUUGGAAACUCGCCUGUCAAAACGAAUUCAAAAGGGUCAUUAUCAAUGAAUGGCUUUCACAUGAAUCAACAUCAUCAUUGAAUCAAGGACAUGUGCAAUGGCGAAACCUAUAUAGCAAACUACGAAAUUCAAUUUCAUACUUUUGUCAAGAUGAAAAAUGCGUGUCUUGUAAUGCUCCAAAACUUGACAAUGGAUUAGCGAGAUACCGGAUUGUACCAGACGAAGAAAGUCACUUUGGAAAAGCACUUCAUUUACAAAACAUUUGGUUGUUUGAGAUUAAUACAAAUAUUACAGUGGCGCCAGGAACUUAUGAUAUUUUGAUUCGUGUGAAAUGCGAGAAAAAACAUCAAGGUCUUGGCGGAUUGAGAUUCUGUACAGAAGUUUUGAAUAAAAAAAAGAAGACUAAGGAAAUAUACACAUGUUCUCCUCAAAAGGCUGUAUAUCAUCAACUUGCAAGCCGUAAUGAGUGGGUAGAACUAAUGCUGUCCUACGUGAUCACAAUACCAGAAAGAAAGAAUAAUACAGAAAAAAAAUAUAAGUUAGCUUUUAAUAUAUCCGAGGAAAAGAAAUACAUGAAAUCUGGGUUGUUGCUUGAUUACGUAAGGUGCCGACCACAUGUAGAAGACAAACUCCCGCAUUUCUCUCGAAUGAUUUCACCUGUUUCUUUGAUGCACGGAAUAUUAUCAACUGGAACUACGAGUUCGGUACGACAAAUUCGUCGAGUUCGGGGGUGGAUUGGAUAG